CCCCUGGGGAGCCCCAAAUAAUAAUACAAGAAUUCUCUUUCUCUACAGUACCGCCCCCCCCCCCACGCCACCAAGAGAGAGCAGCAGAUUCCUCUGGAAGGGGAUGAACAGUCAGUACAGUCGCCGCGAGGUCUUCUGCCAGAGCACCUGCCACGAGCUCAAGCGCUUCUGGGAGAGGGAGAUCGGCAAGCAGACCCGCUACCGCGAGUCCGAGGAGCACCGGCUGGGGAGGAGCGCUCUCAGGAGGCUGAGAGAAGAAUGGAAACAGCGGCUGGAAACGAAGCUGAGGCUGCGGAACCAUCCGGAAGAGACUGAAAAGGGGGCGAACGUUGGCUGA